AAUGUCAUCAACAAAGACAAUAAUGGAAACUAUAUACCUAAUUCUCUCUCUCUUCUUCUUCUUCAUCUUCCUAUCUCUCAAACUCUUGUUCGGACCACGGCCGCGUAAACUAAACCUACCGCCGAGUCCGAGUCGACCAUUUCCGAUCAUCGGACACCUCCACCUUCUAAAGCUACCACUCCACCGUAGAUUUCUCUCUCUCUCAGAAUCUUUAAACAACGCCAAGAUUUUCUCUCUCAGCCUCGGCUCUCGUCUAGUUUUUGUUGUUUCUUCUCACGCCGUCGCGGAAGAAUGUUUCACUAAGAACGACGUCGUGUUAGCUAACCGGCCGGAGUUUCUCGUCGGGAAACAUAUAGGGUACAACUCUACGACCAUGGUUGGUGCGGCUUAUGGAGAUAGUUGGAGGAAUCUUCGACGUAUUGGCACCAUUGAGAUCUUCUCGUCUCUUAGGCUUAAUAGCUUCGUAUCUAUCCGUCAAGAUGAGAUCCGACGGCUCAUAAUUUGUCUAGCGAAAAACUCUCAACAUGGGUUUGUGAAAGUGGAGAUGAAACCAUUGUUUAUGUGUUUAACUAUCAACAACAUCAUUAGAAUGGUGGCCGGAAAAAGAUUCUACGGUGAUGGAACAGAGAACGACAACGAGGCUAAACACGUGAGACAGCUAAUUGCCGAGGUAGUUGUUAGCGGCGGCGCAGGGAACGCAGCAGACUACUUCCCUAUCCUUCGUUACGUAACGAACUAUGAGAAACAUGUUAAGAAGUUAGCAGGUCGUGUUGAUGAGUUUUUGCAAAGUCUAGUUAACGAGAAACGUGUGGAGAAAGUAAAAGGUAACACAAUGAUCGAUCAUUUACUUUCUCUACAAGAAACUCAGCCUGAUUACUACACGGAUGUGAUCAUCAAAGGAAUCAUACUUGUUAUGAUACUUGCCGGGACUGAUACAUCAGCUGGAACGUUAGAAUGGGCGAUGUCGAAUUUGUUGAACCAUCCAGAAGUAUUACGAAAGGCAAAGACCGAAAUCGACGACCAAAUCGGUGUAGACCGGUUAGUAGAGGAACAAGACAUUGUGAAACUUCCUUACCUUCAGCACAUUGUGUCAGAGACUUUACGGCUUUAUCCGGUGGCUCCAAUGCUUUUACCCCACUUAGCAUCAGAAGAUUGUAUAGUUGAUGGCUAUGACGUUCCACGCGGCACAAUCAUCUUGGUGAAUGCAUGGGCCAUCCAUAGAGAUCCAAAGUUAUGGGAAGAGCCAGAAAAAUUUAAGCCGGAGAGGUUUGAGAAAAAAGGAGAGGAUAAAAAGUUGAUGCCAUUUGGGAUUGGACGACGAUCUUGCCCUGGUUCAGGGCUAGCUCAACGGCUAGUGACUUUGGCUCUUGGAUCAUUGGUCCAAUGUUUUGAGUGGGAGAGGGUUGAAGAAAAGUAUCUAGACAUGAGAGAAAGUGAAAAAGGAACCACAAUGCGAAAAGCUACAUCGUUGCAAGCUAUGUGUAAAGCUCGUCCCAUUGUCCAUAAGGUUUUAGAUGCUUCUUGUCCAUAACUUUCAUCAUACAGAACCUCUUGUAUAACAAUUUCGAUAGAAACACGAUCUGUUUUGUUGCUUCUU